AUGACGACGAAACCAAAUCAACCAGACUCUGAUGUCGAAGCUGACUUCAAUGCUCGUGCGACCCAACUCGAAAAUUCCUUAACUGAACUAGAAACUUUCCUAUCCCGUCUUGAUUCUGUUUCCUAUUCCACCUUACACGAAAGUUUAACUCCAGUCGAUCAAGCACGAUUCGAUCUCACAGCAACGUACACAUUAAAUUCGUUAAUGUGGGCGUAUCUACGAACACGUGGCGUUGAUCCUAAACAAACUCAAUUGAAAAGUGAAUUAGAACGCGUGAAAUCUUAUAUGGAUAAAUUGAAAGCUGUUGUGGAUCGACAAACAGCUUCAAGAAUUGAUAAACAAGCAUCGACAAGAUUGAUGAGAAAUGCUCUUUGGCAACAAGCACAUGCGAAGAACAAAAAAGAUGAGCAAUAA